AUGGAAGCUCAGAACUCAGAACCCCGAGGUUACCAAGCUCUGAAAUCGCAUGACAGCACGACCUUUCUCGAGCCGGGCACUCUGCGCGUGUCUUUGUUCUGGAUUGGGGAUGGUUGCCGCAACAGCCGAGCGAUCAAGACGCACGAGCUGACCUCCUUCGUCGCCUCACUGAAUGUCAAGGAGUUGGUGGAGCCGAUGGAGAAGCUGGUCAAGCUCGUCCAAUCCGGGCAGCUGCUUCUCCUGGAGGAGAUCAAGGAAGGCGGCAUUCGAUUCCGCUACCCCUCCAUGCAGGAUUUCCUGGCGGCGCACUGCGCCUGGAAUCACCUCUUGGAGGGCAAGGGCUUGCCGACGUGGCUGGUGCAGGAGAAUGCCGCCGGGAACGUCUCAGAAGCUGUGACGGGCUGCGCCAAGUUCUUCUGCCUUCAGGCCGAAGGUAAAGAGCCCCUUCGGAAAGAGAUGCUGCUCGAGCUCAGGGAAGGGUUGGCCUUCUUGCUGCGCACCAUGUGCAAGGCGGGAAAUGCGCUGGCGAUCCGCUGCCUUCUUGGCGUGGCCGCUGCAGGUGGCCGACAGCAGCUCAUGGCGAUGCCAUCGGCCUCAGGUGUGAACCAAACGGGCCUCCACUUUGCAGCGGGGCACGGACACAAGGACGUGGUGGACAUGCUCUUGGAGCUGGCGCCAGAGCCCAUGCAGCUCUGCCAGGCGGUCAACGCGGAUGGCAUGGCGCCCCUGCACUGCGCAGCGAGGGAUGGCCACGAGGCAACAGCACAAGCUCUGUUGAAGCGCUCUCCGAAUGGCUUGGCCUUGCUACAGAUGCCGCAGAAGAACAGCUCCACCCUCCGGCCGCUUCACAUCGCCGCCAAGCAUGGGCAUGUCGCUGUCGUGAAGUGCUUCCUGGAGUUUGCACCGAACCCAACAGCUCUCUGUGCUGAGUCCAACAGCGCCGGCAACACCGCAUUGCACUUUGCGGCAGCGGCAGGACACACGGUGUGCGUGCAAGCCAUCCUCACUCAUGCUGGGCCGCCCGUGGGGCUGCCCGACCGCGCUCUGCUUCUGCUGACCGCAGUGAACAGGUUUGACCGGCAGACCGCCCUCCACAUGGCGGCCGACCGAGGCGAGAAUGCCGCUGUCGAGCUGCUGUUGCAGAUGGCUGCGGACAAGGGUGCGCUGCUGGCUAUGUCCGACAAACUGGGACAGACCGCCCUCCACCUGGCCUCCGAGAAGGGACACGGCGCGGUGGUUCAGAAGCUUCUGCGCGUGGUCGGCGACGCCAGCGGGCUCGUGAUGGCCAGAGAGCGCAUCACAGGGCAAACAGCGUUGCACAUGGCAGCGGAGUGCGGUCACAGCCAAGCUGUCCACGCGCUUCUUCGAGCAUGCCCCGAUGCAGAGACUUCCUUGGCCACCGACCGGUGCGGCCGUUACACAGCCCUUCAUCUUGCUGCCGAGCGUGGCCACCUGGAGACCGUGCGAGCGCUGCUGGAGCACGCCCCAGACGUGGAACGCUUGCUCAUGGCACAGGAGCGCUUUUCGGGACAGACGGCCCUCCACCUGGCGGCGGCGGCGGGGCACGCGGUGCUGUGCAAAGUGCUUCUGGAGAUGGCUCCGAACCCCGGGAUGCUGUUGGCCGCCAAGGACAAAUCUGCGGGCUUCACGCCGGUGCAGCUGGCCUGCGAGAAGGGGCAGGCCGAGGUUGUGGAAGCCUUGUUGGAGGCCGACCCAGAUCGUGGCCUGCGCCUCAAGGACUGCCUGGAGAAGUGGAACGGCUUCUCCGCCCUCCACCUCAUCGCCUAUCGCGGCCACGAGGAGGCCGCCAAGGCCCUCCUGCGCUGCGCGCCCGACAAGCGCGCAAUCCUGGCUUUGAAGGAUCAGCGUGGCAGAACUGCCUCCGACUUGGCCUCUGACAGAGGCCUUGGCAUGAGCCGUUGCCUGAACAGAGAGAAAGAGAAAGAGAGAGAUACAUGA